AAGAAACUAUGAGAUUGUUAUUAUCACAGAUUCAUAAGUACUGCUACUUUCGCACUUGCAGAAUUAUUACUGAACUCCACUGUCGGAAUAAUACAACUACGCUGACACAACUGUAAUAUUCGUGACGUUUCAUUCAUUGAGAAUACUAAUAUCUUAGAAUCGAUGAUGCAGCUGGGUUGCUAUUAGUUAUCUGUACCUGUUUCACAGAGUGUGUGUUUAUACGGGCAAUGACCAAAAGUCACCUGAAUGAUAAGGUUUGUGAUUGCUAAAUUAAAGGCGAAUAUCAAGAUAGUUAUUUGUGACAAUAAUUUCGGGCCAGAAAAUGGGAAUAUUUUCUACGUCAUCACCGUUUGAUGCUGAUGUUGAGAAAGCCACUGACGAGAAGAAUACUUCGGAAGAAUGGGGGCUGAUCAUGGACAUAUGUGACAAAGUGGGGACUUCACCUACACAUGCUAAGGACUGUUUGCGGUCUAUUGUGAGACGGCUUAAUCACCAGGAUCCCCACAUUGUUAUGCAAGCCUUAACGUUACUGGAUGCCUGUGUGAGCAAUUGUGGAAAACCCUUCCAUCUGGAAGUUGCAUCAAGAGAUUUUGAAACAGAAUUUCGAAAACUGCUAGCCCGAAGUCAGCCACGAAUUGCUGAUAAAUUGAAACAGUUGUUGAAAAAGUGGGCUGAAGGUGAUUUCAAAACAGACCCUCAACUGAAUCUCAUACCAUCUUUGUAUACCAGGCUUAAACAAGACGGUGUAGACUUCACACAGCAUUCAGACAUGCCGAGGCAACCUGCACCAGUCAGCAGAGACCCAAAUGUAGUGUCUAGUCAACAAGAGGAAGAUGACAUUGCAAAAGCAAUAGAACUCUCAUUGAAAGAAACACAGAGCUCACCAAAAGCGCAAAGCAGCUUGUAUCCUACAGCCACUCUUGGAAGUGGAGGCUCAGCGUCUGCUUCAUCAGAAGCUCGUAAAGUGAGGGCAUUAUAUGAUUUCGAAGCUGCUGAAGACAAUGAACUAACUUUUGCCGCAGGGGAGAUCAUCCAUGUACUGGAUGAUUCAGAUCCAAAUUGGUGGAAGGGAUACAACAAUCGUGGAGAAGGACUGUUUCCAGCUAAUUUUGUGACAGCAGAUCUUUCUGUAGAACCAGAGCAAUUUAAAGCUGAGCAGCCAAGAAAAUCUGUACAGUUCAAUGAAGCUGUUGAAGUAAAGACAGUUGAAGAACUUGAGGAAGUAGAAAUUGAUGAACAAAAAAUUGAUAGGUUACUGCAUUUACUUCAUGAAGCUGACCCUACAGAAGAUCAUGCCGAUACAGAAGAAAUGCUGAGAUUAGAAGAGCAAGUUAACACAAUGGGUCCACUUAUAGACCAAGAGCUCGAAAGAGUUGAUCGUAAGCAUGCUCAGCUUACACAGCUGAGCACUGAUCUUGUGGAGGCCCUCAACUUGUACCAUACCCUAAUGAGAGAGCCUGCACCAAUGAGCGGGCAGUACCAUACAAUGCCUAAGCUUUUCGGCUACCCACAUCAAGCCCCAGCGAAUGCAUACAAUGGUGUACCAAUGGGUGCUCCUUUCCCCAUGGGAAUGCCUGCUCAGCAGCCACCACCUCCACCAUCAGGGCCACCACCACAACCACAGUACAGUUAUGCACCCGCUCCACGCCCUGACCAGUACCCAGUGCCUCCGCCAACUGGUUCCAUGACACUGCCACCCCAGUUUCACUUGGGCCCGGCUGGCCCUAGACCUCGUGAUGAGCAGCAACAGCAUCAGGUACCAGGACCACCACCGCAGCCACCAGGCACACAAGGGCCUUAUCCACCCAGCAGUGGAAUGUCUACCUUCCCCCAUCAUGGUGGACCACCUACAGUGUUCAUGAGCCAUCCUCAUGGAGUGGCAUCAGGCCAACCGCCCCCUGCUGGCGUCACCUUCUCACCGAGGGGACAGCCUCUCUUAUGAAAAAAAAUUCAGCUAACUGGUGUGAACAAGUAGGACCAUGUUGCUAACUGCAAUGUUACCAUUCAUUCUGUAAGGCUUCUGGAACAAACGUCUGGUCAUAAUGUAGAAGGAAUGAGAUGAGAAGGGUGCUUCGUAUAUCUUACAAAUGUUCAAAUUGUUUCAAGAAAAUUGGGUCUCCAUUGCAAGUAAUCUUUGAGUGAAGCUGCUGUUACAGAAAAUUUCAUAUACAAUCUUCAGAUGCAGUUUUUGUCAUAAAGAAUGACUGUUUCCUUGGAAAUACUGCCAUUAUAUGGAGUUUGUGCAUGUAUCAGAGUUAAUGGCUUAAAUGUUAGGCAUUGAGAUUUUAUUAUAGGUUCUGCUCCUGAAUUUAUCUGCAGUGUCAGAUUACUGUUUUGAAGUAUACAUUUUAUAUACAUAAUUUGUCCUCACAGUAUAAUUUGUUAUAAAGCUUCAUAUGUUUAUUUAUUUCUUACAUUUUAUGCAUAAUUUUAUAAUGGCUGGUAAACCAGCCAUCAAACUGAUUUUAAGCACAGUCAGUCAAUCAGUGCAAUAUUUAUUUGUUGCAGACAAUGAUUGUCUUCACAUUUGCAGUGCUGUGAUGAAUACUUAAUUUUAUGAUCAAGGUCUUCACUGAAAUGUGUGUGUUAAAAGCAACUUAAUGAAACAUUCCAUGUGAGUCACACUUGUGUUAAAGUGUCUACUAGCUUUGGGUCGUGCAGUAGCUGUGGAGUUCAUGGUUAACCAAAGUUUCUGUAGCCCAAUUGGAAAAAAUAUGUAACAAUACUUCAAGCUUCUAAUUGCUUGAAUUUUAACAGGCAAAUGUAUAAAAUAUACAUAUACAUACUUACAUACCAUGCAAAUUUUCAUUGCUGUAAAUGUUUUUGAUUGUAAAAUUGUACAUAAAAAUUUUAAAAAAAUGGUUUGCUAUGUUGUAUUAAAUUGUUGCAUAUGAUGUAGUAUUAAAUUUUUAAGUCAGCCUUAAUUUUAAGUGUGUUUUUAUUAAUAACUGUAGUGCUUAAAACUU